CUGCAUUGCUUGCCGUCCGAGCGCAUUCUUCGCGGGAGAGAACGAGCUCUGCCACGGCCAUGUGCUUCCCACUGCCGCCAUAGCGACCCUUUCAUUCCCUUCCGGCCAUCCAUCAUCGGCGUUUGCCUGACUACCGAGCUCCCCACGGCGGUCACUGCGCCGAGGAGAGAUAUGAUGGACGGGCACUACAACGGUGCCUGGCACAAUAUGCAGCACCAGGGUAUGCCCUACCGGCCGCCGCCGACGGUGGAUGAGGCGAUCCCAUACUCGCCUUUCACAUCCAUCAUUCCCUUCUCGCUCGACAUCAUACCCUUCCCCUCUGCCGAGCCUCCCACGCCGCCCUCCACCCUCACCCACCAACAACAGCAAGCUGCGAAGAGGGCGGUUGGAAUGCUGAACAGCGAGAUCAACGGCCAGUCCGCUGCUACACAUCUCAGCAGCACCCUCAGCCAGCUUCGCGGCCUCUUGGUUUCUGAAGAGCUGCCGGAGUACAACUUCAAGUCCAUACCCCAGCUCGCAACCCCGCCCCCCGAAAGCCCCACGAAGCAAGCCAAUGGCCCGAGCUCGCGAACCACGUCCUUGCUGAGUCCCUUUGCGGCUAUGCUGCUGAAGAACACCGAUAUUGCCUACUCUUCUUUCGGUAUUAGCACGGACGAGCCGAUUCGCAGCCUCAAGCCUCCACAGCAAGCCACGCCACUGCCUCGAACCACCUCGCAGACACACACUCCCAAAGACACCGCACACUCUCAGAACGCCGCAAUUCCAUACCCGUCCAGCGCACUCUCGUCUGUCUCCAGCAGCACGCCGCUGCGUCCUGGCCCCGCCGUGGUGAUCAAACCUGCCGCCGUGAGAAAAGAAGAAUACCAGCGAUUUGACCACAUCGCGGUUGGCGCACCCUCAUCGCACAGGAAGGCUGACGGUAGUACAUCGGUCCUCAGGCCACAUGAGCGAGAGAUUGCCGACCGCAAGAUCGAGGACUUGGAGGCUCUCGUGAUCAAGCUGAACGAAGACAGGGACGACCUGGACGCGACUGGCAGCUUUACACGAGUAUCGAUAGCAGACGGCGAGAUGAACGUCAUGGAGCCACGAGCAAUGGAUCGUCUGUCUGACAAGAUGGCGAAUGUCAAUAACCUUGGCCGUUUCGCUGAGCUAUCAGUCGAUCUAGUCUCUCAAAUCCAGAAAUUGCUGGACCCGAGUAUCACUUGCGCAGGCCAGCUCACCCUGUUUCCACAAGACGAGGACUGGUCUGAUGGCAUCGACAAAGCCAGAGCUGCUCUCCAGGCCUCAAACCUUAUGCUGACGUCUAUGAUCGACGGUCGCGAUGACUAUCGGUUACGGCCUGAAGAUACGGUCAGCGCCAUCAUUGACCUGAUCAAGGUGAUACGUAACGAAUGCAUCGUCCCUGUAAUCCAAGCACGUCGCGGCGACACUCUGUUUGACUCUGCAACUUCACGCAGGAAGGAACUUCUCAGCGUCCUCCGAGGCUGCGGCACCGUCUUGAGCCGCUUUGCUACCCUAAUUGGCAAAGUCAAUCUCCCAGAGCGUGGUCUGAACAUCUUGGAAGAUCUGGUUGUGGGGCUUCUCGUCGAACAGAACAGUGAUUCGGAGAAGGACUCGGUGUAUGGCAUCAAGGCGUUUGAAACUUUCAGACAGAAGGCCAUGGAUGUCCUUGCGCAAAUAUUUGCUCGACAUACCGAACAACGACCUUCCAUCUUAAAUGGCAUCCUCAGCAAUCUGGAGAAGUUGCCCGACAAGAAGGCCAGCGCCCGACAAUUCAAGUCUGCGCGCGAAAUGCCUGUCAUGUCCAUCUCUGCGCUCUUCAUGCGAUUUGUGCAAGUUGCGGCAAUGAACAAAGAAUCACGGAUCAACCGUAUGUCCGAUAACAGGGAGAAUCAUCCUGAAGACGAAGACUUGGCCAGCGAUUACGAACCUAGCGCAUCGGCAUCGCUGACGUCGAAGCGCAAGAGCAAGACCGGCGCGUCUGGUCAGAGUGCAAGCUUCUUGGCUGCUAAUGCGAGAAAUAUUGCAGACACAAUCACUGGAAGCCUCAUUCACAGAGCUUCGAACGUCUCCAAGACCGGAGAUAAGCCGUUCCGCAAUCUGCUGGACCUCUUCAUAGAAGACUUCUUGAAUGUGCUGGGCUCGCCUGAAUGGCCCGCGGCUACCAUACUUCUACAGAGCUUCUUGGCGCGAAUGAUCGCAACGGUGAGCGCAGAGAAUGCAACAAAGCAUACUGUUGUUGACAAGGACAUGGCUCUCUCCACCCUGGCGAAGAUGGGGUGUGGUGUCAUCGAUUUCAAGCAUCGCUUGAGGCAGCUGAAGCGGGGCCUCGAUUCGUCGCAAUCCGAGCUCUCCGCUAAACUCGAUCGCCUUGCCGAGGACGUUUUUGAUGACAAGAAUGGAAUCAGUGCUAUCGACCUGUACGAGUUUGGUGGUCCAUAUCGCAUGGUCAUCGAGUCACUGAGCAGCUACCUGGAGCUCCGGAGAGAUCAAAAGGAUCUCCACUUGGAGUCUGUGACUGGUUGUCACAUCACAUUUUGGCUCGAUGCUGUCCGAGAGAAGCUUGACAAGCUUGAGAAAAGCUCCCCGGAUGCCGUACCUUCACGACUGAUCGAGGUGCAGCGGAACUUGGAAGCCAUGCUUGCAGAUCCGCGAUGGCUGGAACGCAAGUACAAACCCCAAGAGGUCUCCGAAAACCAGGCCAAGCUAGCAGCUGGCAUUGUCACGUCGCAAGCUCCACUUUGCACGUUCGUUCCCUACAUCGUUGGGCUCAUGCGGACAGCCACCGAAGACAAGGUCUCCUCCAAGCUGCGGUCGAGAGGCAUGACCGGUCUAGAGCAACUGAUUGAAAAGGACCCUCGUGUCGUCGAUGAGAAUAUGGUGGUCAGUCUAGUGGCUUCCCUGCGAGACGCCUCGCCUAUGGUCCGUGAACACACCCUUGGCCUAGUUGCACAAUGUCUAGAGCGCGACCCUAGCCGCGAAAAGGCGUUCUUGGGUCAUGUUCUUAUCCUGACUACCGACCCGUCGAACGGGCCCAAAAAGAAAGCCAUCAAGUUACUGAAAGGGCUUUACGUCAGUACACCAUCCAGGGAGAACAGACUCCAGAUCGCCAAGGCACUUCUUCUACCAUCACAGGAUGACGAGAAAGCUAUAGCAGAGCUUAGCCGUGGUGUUCUCGAGGAGCUUUGGAUGACGCCCCUAGCGUCUGCUACACGUACUGAUGAGCAUCAAGUAAAGUUGGACCGCGCCCACAGGGCCAUCCUACUCGCGGAUGUUAUUCAGACGAUACACAGGCAGCCGACAUUACUCGAGUGCUUUGAGAAAUUUCUCGUCUAUGCCCUCUCCGACGAGGCGAAAGCCAAAAAGUCGAACGUCCGCCUGUGCAAAGAGCUUAUCGCCGAGAUGUUCGACAAAGCUAUCGAGGUCGACUCCACGACCGGUGCACGGUCCCCGCAAGCAAAGAUACUGUACGCCCUGAGUGUGUUCGCCAAGAUUGAUCCGACCUUGUUCACUAUGGCUCAAGUCGACGAUCUCAAAAUUCACCUCAUCGCACCCAAGCAAACCACCGAGCUGGCGAUCAUUCAGCCCAUUGUUAGGAUCUUCCGUUACGUGUUCCCAGCGCUGCCAUUUCUGGACCCGAAGCUUGCGGAGCAUGUGCGAGCUAAUCUCAUGAGUAUGCUCACGAAGCUCGCCCAGUGGGCGGUUCACGCUCAUGUCACUAGUCGCGACACGUUGACUGAUGUUGCGCACUGCUUGUGGACUAUCUGCCCGCUUGUCGAGUUCGGCCUGGCCAAGCUAUUUACCAGCAUCCACAGUUCCCUGUGUAUCGUACAGCAGAACUUUGUGGGGCCCAGCAAGAAAGAAGCAGUAGUGGCGAAACCUAAUAGUGUUUGUGCGUUGAUCAUUUUGAUUGGAACACUGGGCAACGUCUGCCUCUUUGAUAAGCACACGACCAUAUUCAUGGAGAGACUCGCAAACUAUGCGCGCAAUACGAUCUCUCAGAAGAAGGUCAAAGCAGAGGACCUGGCUCCCCUAAUCAAAGGCUCGUCCUCGGUGUCCUCCCUGCUUCUCGACACAAUUCGACCUUUCACAAUGCAGAUCUAUGGUAUGGACAUUCGGGAGCACGCUAUGCGUAGUGUGGGUGGCAUCUGUCAGCAAGCUCCAGAGCUCUUCAUGCGGAAGGAUAUCGAGACACUGAUCAAGCUUGUCUUCAUCAAUGAAGACACCGACCGAUUAAAGCUUGCGGUACUGUCCACCUUCGAGGUGUACUUCACACAAGCCGAGCGUCGCUCAGAGACGGGUUCAGCGAUUGCCGUUGGUGAGGGCGCUGUGCAUGGAUCGGCACGCUUGGAGUCGUCCUACUCGGCAACAGCGACAGAUGCUGCUACCACGCACGUGGCUAAACAGUUCUUGGAAAGCUUUAAGGAUAUUGCUUUGAAGAACGGCAACGCAUUGGCAGAAUCGGCAACGAACAUCAUCGCGAGCAUCAGCCGAGCGGGCUUGGAGCAUCCCAAGGAGUGCGGUGCCGCUCUUGUCGCCUUGUCAACAUCCAUGAACAAGAACAUCGCACAUGUUGCUGCCGUGGAGCAUAAGAGAAUUCACGAGAAGCAGGAGUCGUACCUCGAGAAAGAGUACGUUCAGGCCGUUCGGAUUGCCUACGACUACCAGUGCGAUGUCUUCAAGGACCCGCAUGGCAUGCUCGAGUCGAGCCACAGUCCCAAGCUUGCUCAUCUAUUCGAUGCCUUGAAGGGGGGUAAGAAGGCAACAUUCAAGAAGUUCGUCGAUAAUCUCUCCAAGCAGCUCGAUUUUGACUUCGCCAAGCUGGACACGACUGGCGAAAUGCCAAACAUUGUACUCUUCACCCGAUUCUGCCUUGAGAACCUGGGUCUGGCUGAUUUCACCACUCUCGACAUGGUCGCUUCUUUCAUCGACAGGGCGGAAGCCAUAGUCCUGAAGGACGCAGGUCCUCUGGUCGCCGGUGAGAUCGACAAGGAAAUGCCACAACAAGCUGCGUUGCCGCACUCGUUUGUGUCGGCCAAGCUCGAUGAAGAGCUGCAAGUUAUGGCCAUCGAUCAGAGCAUGGGUCAGUCUGUGGCACCCAUCAGCCCUACGCCAUCACAGCCUAUGCCUCUCGAGAUCAGCGAUGACCGAUUGCGAAAGUUUGCGACUGCCAGUAUGGUCCUGCAAAUGAUCUGGGAGACACGCACAUUCGUUCGUCGCUGCUACAACGUCCACAAGUACGGUAAUCGUAUCCCUCAGAAAGAGUAUACAAAGCCUGCUCAGCGCAACAACUUCAUCUCCGGUAAGGACCUCUGGGACCGUCUCAUCCCGUACAUGAGUGCAUUAGACAGCCGAGAAGCCAUGAUCAAGUGCUGCUACGACUUCUCUGAGCUGCUGAACGUUGACCGGGAGGUCAAGGUCGGCGAAGAUGAAGAUGGUCUUGACGCAGCUCUGAUGGACGCCGGCUACGAGACACCGACAGAGAAUGGCGAUGAUGCGCGGCGGUCCGCAUCGAUCCCGACGAGCGGACGUGGCAGGAAGAGGAAGUCCAAUGUUAGCCUGGGCAACACGCCGAAGAAACCACGCGGUCGCCUAUCAGGCUCCAAGACCAAGAGCAGGAGCUCAAAGACCCCGGAUGGCGCUGACGACUCCGAGUAGGGUUCGGGGCAGAGAUUCCGUUGUGUGGAGGAACCUGAAGAAUAGGAGGAGGAAAGGUGGAGGCGAGUCGUAACCUUCGAGGGCGAUCGCAUACGUCACGCUAUCAUGCAAGCACAAAAAGAAGAAGGGAUGGCGAUCAUUAUCUAGCAUUAUUGGCGUUCCACGGGCAUCAGAGAUACCCCUUGACACGGCCAGGCUGCAUGUCUACGGCGUUUUGAAGACGACGGUCGGGGAGCUGACUUUUUAGCUCCAUGCCCACAAGCGCUCGCUGCGCUUCGCGAUAGUAUGAUAUAGUCGGCACAUCUCACAGCAUAAUCAACAUAUCCAGUCGAAACCCGU